AUGCUUUCCCUCUCCUCUCUGCGUUCAUCUCUUGCCUCACGCACCAUUCUCCGCCACUCGCUUCUAUAUCCUCCCCAGCAGCGCAACCUUCGUACUCUACCCUCAUUCUCCUUGGAAGGCAAGACUUGUGUAGUGACAGGCUCCGCUCGCGGUCUGGGGAAAGAAUUCCUCACCGCCUUUGCGCUGUCCGGUGCUCAAGGGGCGUGUGUCGACCUGUCACAGAAAGACGCCGAGUCCUCCAUCGCGUCCAUUGCUUCCGAGGUACAAUCCGCUUUCCCCGAUUCUCCAGUACCCCGACUUCGCGCGUAUGAAUGCAAUGCCACAGUCGAGUCAGACGUGAAGCGCACCUGGUCUCAGGUCGUCAAGGAUUUUGGAAACGUCGACGUCCUGGUCACGGCGGCUGGAAUCGUGGAUAAUGUCGAGGCCGAGAACUAUGAGUAUGCUCGAUGGCGGAAGAUGAUGGACAUCAAUGUCGAUGGAAGCUGGUUGUUUGCUCGUGAAGCUGGCAAGCAUAUGCUGCAACAUAAUGUCAAGGGCUCCAUCAUUCUGAUUGCAAGCAUGUCUGCCACCAUCUGUGUCAGACCACAGAAACAGGCGGCCUACAACGCUUCCAAAGGGGCUAUCCAGAUGCUGUCCAAGAGUUUGGCCACGGAGUGGGGUCCCAUGGGCAUCAGAGUCAAUAGUCUCAGUCCUGGGUAUAUGGGAACAGACUUGAUAAGAGGAUUGCUUAAAAAUGAGGGAAAGGAGCUCGUGGGCAUGUGGGAGAAGAACAUUCCGAUGGGAAGAAUGGGAGAGCCACGUGAACUAAGAGGAACCAUUGUUUGGAUGGCAAGCGAUGCAAGCUCCUACCUGAAUGGCUCAGAUAUUAUCGUUGAUGGAGGCUACACGAGCUGGUAA